CAGUUUCCCUAUACAUAACAGUCAUACAAGUAGUACAUAUGUUAUAGAUGCUUCAUAUCUAAAGUUGGUCGCUUUUUGUGUCGAAUGACUCAUAUCAUUCAUAUGCCUCGUGUGCAUUGUAACCCGAAAAUUCCCAACUUCAGACACGCAUGCAUAUAUGACGUCGCGGCGUCGUGACGCCAAGUGUAAUGCAAGUUUAGUUUAUUAACCUUAAAUCGAGGGGCGAGUUUGACGUUUGACGUUGCAGUGUUGACGUUCGACAUUGAACAGCGUCGAACGCAUGACAUCAUAGUCGUAUGACCAAGUCGGAUAUAUAUUCUUUUAUAUUUUCUUAUACGCACAAGUGAAGAGAGAGAGAGAGAGAGAGAGUGUGUAUGUUGGUGAAUGAUAUCAUUCCGAAAACUUACUCCAACUUUUUGCCACGUUUAAGAUGAUUGCAUCGGAAGUUGGUUCCACAAACACAGAACCUGUCCACAUCAGGAUCACAAGUGAGAAAGCUCCUUUGAUCAACGGCAGGAGUGUGCUUCAACGACUAAGUAAUAUUUUUAAGAUUGGAAGGACGGCACACUCGGAGGGAGAUGGCUAUGUCGAGUUUGGUACUCUUGGUGUGGACAACACCCGUACAUUGGGAACUUUUGCCGGUGUAUUUAGCCCAGUUACACUGUCUAUGUUCAGUGCCUUAGUUUUUAUACGAAUGGGAUACAUUGUGGGCAAUGCAGGGUUAUUUGUGACUUUAGUUCAGUUCAUUAUAGCAUAUGGUAUUUUAUUAUUCACAGUCGCGUCUGUCUGCGCUAUAUCGACCAACGGCGCUGUAGAGGGUGGUGGCGCUUACUUUAUGAUCAGUCGUACAUUAGGACCUGAAUUUGGUGGCUCUAUUGGCACUCUGUUUUUUAUGGCCAAUGUAGUAUCCAGUGCGCUUUGUAUCUCUGGAUGUGCUGAGGGUUUGGUUGAAAAUUUUGGCCCUUCCGGUUAUUUGAGCGGUAAAACUGGACUUAUACCAGAUGGCCGAUGGUGGCGAUUUUUAUAUUGUUCCAUACUAAAUACUGCCAAUCUUGUGGUUUGUCUUAUCGGAGCCGCAAUGUUCGCGAAAACCAGUGUUGCGAUCUUGGCGGUUGUCUGUAUCUGUCUAUGUAGCGUUUUUAUUAGUUUUUUGACUCAGGGUGCAAUAGAGAUACCAAUACCAGAUGCAAAUACAUUGGUACAAAAUAUAACAGAGCACGUAAAUGGAAGUUACACGGGUCUUUUGUCUUCUACGCUUUCCAGCAAUCUCUAUUCGAAUUACAGUGCCGAUUACUCAAGCGGAGGAACUAUGACGGAUUUUGCGAGCGUCUUUGGUGUACUGUUCAGUGGUGUAACUGGGAUAAUGGCCGGUGCAAAUAUGAGCGGCGAGCUGAAAAAUCCCGGCCGAAAUAUUCCUCGUGGGACAUUAUCAGCGGUAUCAUUUACGUUCAUAUGCUACAUUUUGUUGUCUGUCUUAACGGCUGCCACUACUAGCCGUUUUUUACUGCAAAACAACUUUAUGUACAUGAUGCCGAUUAAUAUUUGGCCGCCAUUUGUCGCCGUUGGCAUUCUCACUGCUACAUUUAGCGCUGGUUUAAGCAAUUUGAUAGGUUCUAGCAGAGUAUUAGAAGCGUUGGCCAAAGACAACGUAUUUGGUUCGGGAUUAAAUUUCAUCAUACAAGGCACAUGGCGCGGCAAUCCAAUAGCAGCGGUAUUAACUUCGUGGAUUUUGGUUCAGACAAUCUUGCUUAUCGGCUCGUUGAAUACCAUUGCUCAAAUUAAUUCGGUAUUGUUUCUUCUAAGUUAUCUCGCUACCAAUCUCGCGUGUCUUGGAUUGGAACUUGCUAGUGCACCAAACUUUAGGCCAACAUUCACGUACUUCACGUGGCACACCGCGACUAUAGGUCUUCUUGGAACAUUGAUAAUGAUGUUUAUAAUCAACAGCAUUUAUGCUUCCAGUAGCAUAAUUUUAUGCUUAAUAUUGAUCAUUGUGCUACAUUUAUUCUCGCCGAGUAAAAACGCACCGUGGGGCAGUAUAUCUCAAGCACUGAUAUUCCAUCAAGUCAGAAAAUACUUGUUGAUGUUGGAUUCGCGCAAGGAUCACGUUAAAUUUUGGCGUCCACAAAUGUUACUGAUGGUCGCGUCUCCGCGCUCCGCCUGUCCUCUUAUCGAUUUCGUGAAUGACUUGAAGAAAGGAGGACUGUAUGUUAUCGGACACGUGAAGGUUGGUGAAUUUACUGGUCAGAGUAGCGAUCCUACGAUAGAGGAAUAUCCGCACUGGUUGAGUUUAGUUGACCAUAUGAGAGUUAAAGCCUUCAUCGAAUUGACCGUGACGAAAACGGUGCGCGAAGGCAUGCAACAUUUAAUAAGACUGUCUGGCAUGGGUGCGAUGAAACCGAAUACGAUCGUUCUUGGUUUUUAUGAUGAAGAAACGCCAAGGGACUUUUUCUUGGAUUCUCAAUACGCGACGACGAUGUUUGAAAAUAGUACAACACUUCCGAAUAACACUGUGUUCCCUCUAAGACAAGCAACAGGCGAAAAGAAUCUAGAUCCGGUUCAAUAUGUCGGAAUGUGCUCGGAUGUUCUGAGGAUGAAGAAGAACUUGUGUCUAUGCAGAAACUUUCAUCUGUUAAAUAAAGCGCAAUUAACGAAAAACUCAAAUUUGAAAUAUAUCGAUGUAUGGCCGGUCAACUUUUUCCAACCAACCGAUCAAGAUCCAUUCGAUACAACGUCGUUAUUCAUGCUUCAACUCGCGUGUAUUAUCAACAUGGUACCCAGUUGGAAAAACCUACAUCUCAGAGUGUUCCAUUGCGAAACUGCGGAUGGCAGUGAAAGCCUAAGUAUCUCAGAUUCUCCUAAUUCGAUGAGUGAAUACCCGAGAAUCUCGAACGAGCACAGAAUUCGGAAAUCAUUAAAUCUACUAAGAAUCUCUGCAUCGAUUAAAAAAAUUCCGGAAUGGGGAGAGCAAAUCCGAGGGUUAAAGGGUAGGCCUCUGCUUGAGCCAAAAAAUCAAUAUGAAUCAAGUACAGAGUCCAAUAAUGUUUUGAGUAACGUGUCCCGGGCUUAUAUAUUGGGCGUUAAUCAACUGAUAAGGCAAUAUUCUUCUCAAACUGCGACAACAUUUAUAUAUUUGCCCGGACCGCCAGCCUCGAACACUUGGGAUGAGGAUGAUAUGUAUCGACAGUAUCUACAAUCUUUGACAGAAUUAACUGUCGACUUACCACCGACAGUUUUAGUACAUGGUGUUAGUGCUGUUACGUCGACCACCUUAUAACAAAGUGUAUAAAUAGAUAUGGAAAUGUUUAAUACAUUCUCCAUUGGUAAGAAGAGAAGAUAAAUUCAGAGAAGAUAAACUUAAAUAUUAUAUGAUUAUAUUUAAACUAUGAUUUCUUAUAAUACUACUAUUAAUAAUUUAAAAAACAAAUUAU